UCUCGAAAUCUUACGCUCGUUCGCAGUUGAACAAAAUUCACUGACUGGUCACUCAGCCGUAUCAGUUAUCGCCGCCAUCGGGUCGAGCGUGUAUCGCUACUUUCUUUUUUGCAGCCUGCGUUUUGUUCAUAUAGCAGCGCCGUAAUCUAGACUGACGGAUACAUGGAAUGAAUACAAUAAAAUGAGUCAUGCUGAAACAUCCUCACUUUCGAUGCAAAUUUCUCAAGUCAAUUCAGGUGACACGUACGAAGGAUCAUCAAGUCCAAUAAUUGCAUCUUCGCAACCAUUUGCGUUUGCAGAACAUGAAGACCAAGGCACUGGGGGUGCGCUUCCAUACACUUCAUAUAUUGAAAGUGAAACUUCCUGUCAUGACCAUUCUGCAUCGUCUACAGUCAGCAGCAAAAGAAAAAGAAGACGCUGCGAUGACGAGGCGAGUGACAUUGUCACAAUCCAAAGAGAAAUAAAAGAACUACUGCAUAGUUUGGUAGACUCUCACAAGAAAAUGGAAAAAAGUCUGGCAAAAAUUGCUGAAAAAUAUUGUGACUCAAAAAUAUAGUGACUCAAAAUUGUAGUACCUGUACCUUGUAUAUGGGGUGAUCCAUAAGGGGGCAGGCUGCCAAAAAACUUGAUUAAUACUGUCAAACUACAUUUGGUUCUCUCUGUUGAAUUAAAUACAUAUUGUUAAUUGGAAAUUCCCACGAAAUGAGUAGGCGAUAAGAAAUGUGCUGGCUUAUUGAUCCUACCAUAAUCGUGCAUCAGUCAGUCUGCCAAACAUUAAAUCGCAUUCGAAUAUUUUGAUGGAGCACAACAGUGGGAGAGACCCUCCUAUAGCAAGCAAUACGAAACUGACAGUAUCACUUUCGAGAUAUGUGAGACUAGACUAUUAUUCAAAGUGGUUUCUUUAUUGCAAUAAAA